UCUUUCCUUCUCCGGCUCUUCCAAACCACCAGUCCGUCCAUGUCCUCCGACGACCUCUUCGAAGGCCUGCCGCCGCCGGCUGCCCCGGCCGGCGGCGAAGCUCGCGCGCCCUCCAUCCCGCCGCCUCCUCCUCCGGUGGUGGCGCCGCCGCCGAAGUCCGCGCUAAAGAGCUCCCUCAAGCGGAGUAAACCCUCCUCCUCCGACGCUACUACCACCUCUCCCCCACCCGCCCCUGCGGCUGCCGCGCCCGAAGGCCAUGUUCCUGAGAAACGUCUUCGGUUCAGAACAACCGUUGAUGCUUCAGAAACGCAAAUACUUGAGGCUAUGCAGAAGAUAACUUCGCACAUAGGGAAUCCUUCCAAAUUCAGCAAGGCAUCAAAACUAGCUCUACAGCUUAUUGAAGCUGGUAGUGUCAAGCCUGGGACAAUCAACCACUUCUUUGCUAUACUAAAAGCUGCAAUGUCUUCCCCAGGAGCAUGUAAUGAGCCUUCUGUACGAGCAGAUUACCACACACUAUUCAGUGCUGCUCAGGGUGUGACAGAGUUAUUCAACCACCAGCAGAAAAAUCAAUUCGACAUAUGGGUGCUACAUGCAGUGGUGGCUAAUGAUCUUUUCACUGAUGACAGUUUUGUGUUCUCAAAGGCUGUUGGAAAGAUCAAAGAUGCCAUCUUGGCCCUGCCAAUGGCAACUGUGGAUGAUGACAAUGACGAAGCUGCAGCUCUUGCAGCUGCAAGCAAAACUGCCACAACGGCAGAGAAUAAAGCAGAUGAUUAUGUUCCGACUGCACCUUCCAACUCUCUGCCCGAUGAUAGCGCACAUGCUGCAGCCUCAGAGUCAGGAGAAGAAUCGUCUGAUCCUUUUGGUUUAGAUGAUCUCCUUGCACACAAGCCGAAGAAGUCUGAGAGAGUUCGAGAGAAGGAAGUUGCGGCUCUUAACAGAAAAGCAGAGGAGGAGGAAUCAAAGAGAUUUCUGAAGUCAGAGCGGGAGGCCCUUCUGAAAUGUCUGGAAAUAGCUGCUCGGCGUUACAGAAUUCCAUGGACGCAAACUGCCAUUGACAUCUUUGCGAAGCACGCUUACGACAACGUGAACCGGUUCACACGGCAGCAGAGGGACGCGAUCGUGAAGCUGUGGAACUCGAUCAAAGAGCAGCAGAUCCGACGGAAGCAGGGCAAGUCGGUGAGCGGGAAGCUGGACGUGAACGCCUUCGAGUACCUCCAGGAGAAGUACUCCCACGAGAAGAUCAGCAUCCGGCACUCGGUCGGCGGUGGCGGCGAGCGGCGCGCGACGCAGUGGCUCGGCUAAGUCGGCAGGCUGGUGCUGCUGUCUGAUCCUGCUCACUCUCUUUGGCCUGCAGAAGCAGAAAACUGUAGCAUUAUCUGAUUGAUGAUGGAUUGAAUUCAACAAGGACGGCGACCGUGGAUUUCGGUGUAGAGUGUUGUGAUGAAUACGGGGAUGACGUUCAGUGACAAGCUUGCGGCCGUGUACUUGGUUUUUCGCAUAAGAGUUGACAUGUCCAUUCUGAUGAUCUCAUUCUCGUCUAGUUCUGGGUUUGUGACUGAAUGUGAAAGCUGUUGAUCUGGAUGCAUCCCCACGA